CUCUUUCAUUGCUCAUCAACCUCCAGCCGGCCCGUAAUUUCACCUAUCGCUGUCAAUUCUGCGACGUGAUCACUCCUGCUCGGUCGUCGCUGCUGGACAUCAUGGCAUCCAACGUCGACUCCUCUCUCACUCCACCGCGGCCGACGAGCAGGACCAGACGAGCCCUCUCCUCGCGCCACAGCGCUUCGUCCUCUUCAGGCCUUCAUCAUCAGCCGCAGCAGGAGAGUCGGAGGCGCUUCAAGAUGCCUAGCAAGCACACGCAGAGGAAGCUGCUUUCGCUUGCGGGGUCGGUGCUCGUCGCUUUGAGCGCUGGAUCCAACUAUGCAUUCAGCAGCUUCGCUCCGCAGCUUCAAGAAUCGCUACACCUCACCAGUACACAGCUCAAUGUAGUAGGCGUGCUCGGUAACAUGGGCGUCUACCUGUCUGGCGUCCUCUGGGGCCGUUGGGUGGACAAGCGAGGACCCAAAGUCGCCAUCCUCAUCGGCGCAGCAGUCGUUCUUUGCGGCUAUGGCGGCCUCAGCUUGACCUACACUCAUUCUUACUGGCAGCGAUCAGCUGUUUUGCCUGCCGUCCUUAAUUUGAUGACCGGCGUAGGCAAUUCAGCCGCGUUCACAGCCGCGAUGAAUGCUCAGGCCAAAACGUGGCUGGGUUCGCAGAGAGGGUCGGCAACGGCUACUGUGCUGGCGGGCUUCGGGCUUUCAGCCUUUAUGUACUCGACCUUGUCACACGAACUCUUCCCGGGCAAUACGGGCGACUACCUGAUGCUCCUCGCAUUCGGCAGCUCCCUGUCCUUCCUCGUCGGCGCUGUUCUCAUUCAGAUCAUUGCCCCUUCACCCGCAGAGGAGGCGGAUGCGUCUGCUGUGGAUGAUGCCGAGGAUGGAGCGCUGGAGGAAGGGAUCAAUAGACCAACGCUGGCAUCGGUGGGGCGAAGGCGUACAUCGUCCGACCUGUCAGCUCGUGCAUACCUGCACUCAGACGAUGGCAGCCCAGACGAGGACGAAGGAGCAGAUGACGGCGAUGCAGAGAGGAGAGGGCUGCUUGGUGGCCGCGGCCGAACAGGAGCGACACCAAAGCCGUCAAGCGGAGACACUGAUUCGCAGCAGCCGCUGGACAUCACAGGCCGCAAGCUCAUCAAGCACCACGACUUCCAGCUCCUCUUCCUCAUCAUGUGCCUCAUCUCUGGCUCGGGACUGCUCCUCAUCAACAAUGUGGGCACAGUCACUCGCACGCUCUACGAGUACAACCACGGCAUUGCGCCCAAGCCACCUUCUUCCUCGGGUGGCAGUGCCCUUGCGGACCUGGAGGAGGCGGCCGCAGCCAUUGACCGAGUGCAAGCGCUUGGCCAGACGGCCAAGCGUGCAGCCAGCGUCGCAGUAGACUCCUUUGCCGAAGCAUUGCGCAAGCACGAGCCCAACGCCAUGAUUCAACAAGAGCAAGCGCACCAAGUUUCUGCCAUCUCGCUCGGCAACGCCUCUGGCCGCAUACUCAUCGGCUUCCUAUCAGACGUCUUUGUUUCAUACGUGGGCUCAGCGCGCCAACGUGUCUGGCUUCUUCUGCCCGUGACCCUCCUCGCGUUUUCCUCGCAAGUCGUCUUUGCCCUGCCCAACACGAUCGACAAUGUCACGGUCCUGCUACCCGCCUCAUUCGCUACUGGGCUCAUGUACGGCGGCCUUUUCGGCAUCGCACCCUGCCUGACCUUCGAGAUCUGGGGCCUCAAGUAUGCGGCUCUCAACUGGGGUCUGGCGAGCUUGGCGCCCGUCUUCUCCGGCAACAUCUUCAACUUGUUGUUUGGGACCAUCUUCGAUAGGCAUGUGCCAGAGACGUCUCCUAGCCACCAGUGCCCGGACGGCGAGGAGUGCUAUCGAGCGGCGUUCGAGAUCACGGCGGUCGCUACGGCCUUGUCAGUGUUUUUGGCCAUCACGCUCAUUUUCAGGAGGGCGGGAUUGCCUACGCUUCGACGCCAGAGAUGAUAAUGUAGGAACGCUUCGUAGAGUCACCCACUUGCCCAAGGCUGCAAUGGUUAAUAUCGUACACAUCGUG